AUGGCAUGGAACCCAAGUUUGGUGCGACAUACGUCUUCACAUCCACAGUGUUUAGACUUUCAGCCACCAUUCAAACCAACGACACACCUAGAGUUUUGCACCCAUUACGAUACAUUCGGAUGUUGUGAUCAAGAUGCUGACAGUACCAUUGCGGAGAGGUAUUGGGACCUGAUUGACUUGAAUCCUGAAGACUAUGAACGCUGUGGUGAUUUAUUGAAAGACAUUAUGUGUCAGGAAUGCUCCCCUUAUGCGGCUCACCUGUUUGAUGCAGAGAACCCCUACACCCCAGUGCGGGAGAUCCCAGGCCUGUGCUUCUCCUACUGCCAGGAUUUCCACACCAAGUGCAGCUCAUUCGUCAAGUACUUGACUGACAACAGUGUCCUUCAGGCGGCAUCGGACAAGGGCAGCAUCACCUUCUGCAGUCUCACUGACCUGUCCGACAGGGAUUACUGUUAUCCCAACGUGCUCCAGAACAACUACCUCUCCAACAAACUGGGCAAAGUGACGGAGGACCCCGCGGGCUGUCUCCAGCUCUGCCUGACAGAGGUGGCCAAUGGCCUGCGAAACCCGGUGCUGAUGCUGCACAGUGGGGACGACACCCACCGCAUGUUCGUGGCCGAGCAGGUAGGCUUUGUGUGGGUGUACCUGAGGGACGGCAGUCGCGUGGAGCAGCCCUUCCUGGACCUGAGCAGCGAGGUGCUGACCACGCCCUGGCUCGGGGACGAGAGAGGCUUCCUGGGCCUGGCCCUCCAUCCGCGUUACCGCGACAACGGCCGCUUCUUCAUCUACUACUCCAUCCUGGUGCAGGGCAGCCUGGAGAAGGUCCGCAUCAGCGAGAUGAAGACGUCCGUCCACGACAUGAACCGAGCCGACCACAACUCCGAGAGAGUCAUUCUGGAGAUAGAUGAGCCAGCUGCUAACCACAACGGUGGACAGCUGCUGUUCGGCCUUGAUGGAUACCUGUACAUCUUCACAGGAGAUGGCGGGAAAGCAGGCGAUCCUUUCGGGAAAUUUGGAAAUUCUCAAAAUAAGAGCGCCCUGCUUGGAAAGGUCUUGCGCAUAGAUAUCGACGGCAGCAGCCUGGACAGAACUCCGUAUAGGAUCCCGCCCGAUAACCCUUUCAUCGGAGAGAAGGACGCACGGCCGGAGGUGUACGCCUACGGCGUCAGGAACAUGUGGCGCUGCUCAGUGGACCGGGGUGACCCCGUCACCCGCUACGGCAGGGGCAGAAUCAUCUGCGGCGACGUGGGCCAGAACCGCUACGAGGAGGUGGACAUCAUCGUGAAGGGAGGCAACUACGGAUGGAGAGCCAAGGAGGGCUUCGAGUGCUUUGAUAUUAAGCUGUGUCAGAACUCCUCCAUGAAGGAUAUUCCUCCCAUAUUUGCUUAUGGGCACCACGUUGGAAAGUCCAUAACAGGUGGAUAUGUGUACAGGGGAUGCGAGUGGCCCAAUCUCAAUGGCCUGUAUAUCUUUGGAGACUUCAUGAGUGGUCGGCUAAUGGCCUUGCAAGAGGAUAAGGCCACUGGGACCUGGAAGGAGAAGAGCAUAUGUAUGGGAGACACAACCACCUGCUCAUUUCCAGGACUCAUCAACCACCAUCAUAAGUUCAUCAUCUCUUUUGCUGAAGAUGAAGCAGGUGAACUCUAUUUCCUGGCUACCUCGUAUCCAAGUGCCAUGUCUCCUUAUGGAACGAUAUACAAGUUUAUGGAUCCCUCCAGGAGAGCAGCUCCAGGGAAAUGUAAAUACAAGCCACUUCCUGUAAAAGUCAGAGGCAAAAAAGUUCCUUUUGUUCCAAGAGAAUCAGUAAUAGGCAUCCAAAUGCCAUGUUGA